UUUACGGUAUAAGAGAGGUGACAUUUUCCAAACAUGGCUUCCGGAAUUACAGAAAAAGCAUUGAAAUUAGUUCAAAGUUUACCUCGUCUUUCCUUGUCGAAUAUCAAAAAUUUGCCCCACAGUAUUAGAAAGACCAAAAGGAGGAGAAGAGAUCGACAGCAUGGUAAAACCCAUGGUAGAGGUCAUAAAGGUCAAGGACAACGAGCGACAUUACCAAGGUUGGGUUUUGAAGGGAAUAACACACCAUUUUAUCUUCAGAUCCCAAAAGAACCAUAUUACAAAGACCAUGAACUAAGGAAAGAAUAUGUACCUGUGUCGUUAUUACAAAUACAACGAUUUGUAGAUUUAGGAAGGUUAAAUGUCAAAGAACCAAUAGAUUUAUCAUCUCUUUGUAAUACAAGGCUGAUUCAAGUGAAAUGGGAACAGAAACAAUUUGGUGUAGAUCUACUUGAUGAGGGUGCCGAUAUAUUCUGUGCCAGAUUGAACAUAGAGGUACAGAAAGCAAGCGAGUUGACAAUAGCAGCCAUAGAAAAAAAUGGUGGAGUAAUAACAACAAGAUAUUAUGAUCCCCACAGUUUACAUGCCGUUGUUAAUCCAGCUAAAUUCUUCGCCAAGGGAGUACCCAUACCUAGGUGUAAGCUACCACCACAAAAUGAAAUAGCUUAUUACUCUGAUGCUAAGAACCGAGGAUAUUUAGCUGACCCAGAAAAAAUACUGCAUGCUAGAGUAGAAUUGGCUCAGAAAUAUGGCUACGCAUUGUUUGAAUAUGAAAAUGAAGAAGAAAAAGAGAUGUUAUUGACCAGGAAAGAUCCGCGACAAAUAUUCUUGGGACUAGCACCUGGAUGGGUGGUUAAUUUAAAAGACAAAGUUAUUCUAAAACCUAAAGAUCCUGAAUUUGUGAAAUACUAUAAGUCCUAGUCCAGUAUUACUCUAUAGUAUUUUUAUAGUGCUAUUAUUAUGAAAGGUUAAUUUGUAGGUUAUGUGUGUACCAAGUCAUAAUAAAUUUAUAAGGGAAAUGUGUUUUGCCAAUUAUAGAAAAUUAUUCAUGGUCAUUGUAAUUUGAAUUAUGCAUUUCUGGUAUGUAAGGUAAAAUAUAGUACAGAGAAAAGAACAGGUAGUCAUCUUGUAAAUCAGCUAUACCCCAAAACCAAUAAAAUUAUGAUCAGGGUUGAUAAGUCAGAUUGUAAUAGAUGUUAAUUUUCCACUAUCAAUAUAUUCCAGAUAUUUUGGGUAAAUUCAUAAUAAUGACUUAAUUAUCAUGUACAUGGGUUGAUGCUAAUCCAGCUAUCUGUUGGGCUGAAUAAAUUAAGAAAGAAAAUAGCCUAAAUAAUAAGUUUAAAUAAUGCAAUCAGACUGGUUACUUGAAUACUGGUAUGGCAAACUACCUAUGAUUGAAAUGGUAUUUUGUUCACCCGAAGAAAUCGGCUGAACAUAAUUUAAGGAAGGCUUUGCCAUAUUUAUAAUUUAUUUAAAGUAUGUGCAUUAUCACACAAUGGAAGUGGCAUGGUUUUGAUUCCCACUUGACCGUGACAAACAAGGAGUAGAGUCGUCUGUCCAGCCUAAUGGGUUUUCUCCGGGUCCUCUGGUUUCAUCCCACUACUAAAGACCCCUAUGCGCAAGCGAGUUAUUGAAAUAAAAGUGAAACAUGUUAGUCCAGAUAUGACCUAGUUUUGCUCCGUCUCUGGUAGGGAGCGCUCAUCCUAACGCACGUCUGAAAAAAGUUAUAGACGGCUGAAGACACAAGAGUUGACAUUAAAGAUUUGGUGGUCUACAUCCAACAAGUGGAAGUUCUGAUAUGGAUUUACCUCCCUUGUGUAUUUUCUGGGCGACUUUCGGAUGUAGACUAUGGUUGCGACUACAGCCUGAACUAUCUCAACCGUGCUGUAUCGUAUGAUAUGUGUGGUCACGACCACAGGUUGAACUAUAUAGUACGAAAAUCCGUGCAACCGAUGGUCCUGUGUUACUGGUGGAUUUCAACGUUUAAAUCCAAUAAAUGAUUAUAAUUUUUUUUAUUUUAAAUGCCACCUAGUUUGGAUGUUUUAAAAAGUAGCGUAUCGUUUAAAGAAGUAAAUUUAGGGAACCUGGA